AUGGCUGCGAGGCUUGAAAGAACAGAAAGGGAUGAAUCUUGUUUUAGUCGGGCAGCCAGAGCCAUCAGGAGAGCUCUGUCCAGGAUCUGUGGAGAUGUUUCUCACUCUUCCCCCGUCAGCCCACGGCGCCAUACUCAGCCAGAGACACGGUCCCGUUUAUCAAGUGUCACACAGGAUGAGGAACUUUAUGAAAGUCUUGGGUCUCACACAGAGUCUCUUUCACACGUAUCUCCUCAGUCUGACAAGGACGAUGGGGAGCGUUACUCUCAUCUUCAACGUGUUAAGUACAAGGGGCGACCUUUUUUUUCCAGUGACACAUCCUCUAUACAGGAUCACGGUUUGCUUUGCCCUGGAUCAUUCUCUGCGCUUGGCGGUCCUCCCUUCAACAUACCUCAUUCAGUGGGUGCACCAAGGAGUAGUCUCGCCAAAGCCUCAGAGCCUUGGCCUAGCUUCAGAAGUAAGAGAAAACGUAAGAUCGACUCCCUAAUUAAGACUCCGGUCACAGAUUCUCCCGACUACAUGUUGGAUCGACCUUUAGCUGAUCUACUCAGAGAAAAAGGAGGGAUAAAAACUCACUCCUCUGCAGCAGGUUCCACAUCAGGACUCGACUCGACUAGUCCAGAUAAUCCCAGGGAAAUGGAGCUGAAUACAACAGCCAGUCCCUCCAUCCUUCAGCUCUCCACCAGUGACGAUGAUGAUUCAGACUCUGAUGCGUUAUGCCUCAGAGAAAAAGAAGGAGAUGAGUCGUCUGAUAGAUUCUGUGUGCCCACCUCCUCUCAGUCCACAGCCCCGACUGUCGCUGCUGCUCCUCCAUGUCCACGAGACAGACCCACAGUCCUCCAGGACUCGACUGUCAGUACUGAAGGAAGCAGAACACAAGACGCAUUCGAGCUUUUGUGUGUGUCUGAAAGAGAACCAGGAGCUGACAGGGAUGCUCUGAUGGAAAUAGAUGCAGCUGUUACAGCCAUGAAACACUCAGUCACAACCACCCUGCCAGCCCAAUCUCAGCUCCUACAAUCCCCAGAAUGCUUCAGGAGCAGGAGAGACUCCGGCUGCCUGCCUCGCUCUCACAGCCUGCCUUCACUGAGUCAGAUAACGUCUGAAGAGACGCAGACCUUCACGCGAGCUGAGAGCGUACCUGACGUGCUGUUAACAAACAGCUUUGAGGAGUUCACACCUGAAAUCAGAGCUGAUGAAAACGAUGAAAGCUACUGGUUCCAGUGCUCCUGCCCAGGCCUGUACCAGUGCAGGGUGACAGGCCUGCUGUUUGACAUGGAGGCAGCAGGGGACGUGGUUUACGGGAUUGUCCCCUGGAACAGGAGGCUGCUGGCCCAGCAUCACAAGAAGCCCGCAGGACCCCUGUUUGACAUCGAGUGUCUGCAGCAGCAGUCUGUGCGUCAGCUUCAUGUCCCUCACUGUGAGAUCCGCUCCACAGGUGGAUGUGACUUCUUGUCAGUGGCUCAUGUGAACGAUGAGGGCGUUGAGUUUAUCAGCCCUCACAAGAUAACAGAAACUCACGUGAUCAUAAACAUCACGGGGUUUUCCGCUUUCGGUAACGUCAAGGAUGAAGACUCACCACCUGUCCCGGUCCGAGCGCUGGUCCUGCUGUUCUACAGGCCCCCAGCUGAUCCUGAUCCCACAUCCCUCCUCAAUGUGUUGUUGCUGCCGAGGAACGUGGCGCUCCGGGAUGUCCUGCGGACCAGGAAGAAGUUAGUUGGAGAUGAGAUGAGAGCUACAUCGAGACCUCCCUCAGUGUCUGGGAAAGACGAGUUUUGUCUUUCCUCCACUGGAGUAAGACGGUCCUGUGGGCAGAGCGCUGUGAAUCUGCCUCCUCAUGAGAAGCUGUUGGACGGACGGAGCAGCUUCAUCGAUGGGAUAUCAGGACCUGUUCUCAAAAGUCUGCUGGACAAACUGCUUGAGAAAAAGGUGAUGUCUGAUCCUGAGAGGGAGUCAGCGGACGUGAUGCCAAACACAAGAGACAAAGCUCGUUUUGUCAUCGACACAGUGAGGAAGAAAGGUGAGGCUGCCAGUUCAGAGAUGAUUGAGUUCCUCUGUGAGGCCGACCCCUUCCUCUGUGAACACCUGGGCUUCAUCUGAGGCUACAUGAACAGGUGAUGCCAUGCAGUUUUUUUUCUGCAACAUAUUUUUAACACAAUAUCUUGUCAAAGGUUCAGUGUGUGAAUAUAAGAGACGGGCAAAGAGCUGCUGGUGGGUUAAACUGUGCUUCCUGUUGAUGAUGCUCUGAACUAGUUCAUGUGGUUCGGGGACAGUCCCUGAUCUGUUGGUGCAGACUGAACAUGAGAGGAAACCUUAAGGAGGUGUAGCGCCACCUGCUGGCUGACAUGAGUUACUGCUACACCCGCGUGAUAUGCAAAAGAAAAAGAAAAUCACGUUGCAGUUAUUUUGAAUAGAUUGUGCAUCUGUUAUAUGGCUCGCAGUUUUAGUUGGAAGU